CUCGCUUCUCUUUGUCAUUAAUCAAAUGUCCAUACUCGGAGCUUUUUCACUUAGCUUGCCUAAACACAUAUAACUUGGACCUUUUCCAUUUCAUUUCUUUCUUCCUUUCCUCCACCAUCACGCAUAAUUAUUUGAUACCAACCGGAUACCUACUCUUUCUUUCUCUUUUUGAACGAGUACACGAUACCAUCGAUUGGAUCGUAAUUAUUAAACACACUUCCUACAUUUAUACACUUUUCUUAUUUUAUUAAUCACCACCACCACCACAUAAUCAAUCGUCAAAAUGUCAAAAGUCGCUGAUUCCGUUCAACAGAUCUCCGACAAUCCAUCAAAAAAUGCAGUCACAAUGCCUCAAGAUGGAAAGUUCAAAGAAGAAGAUAUUAAUCGAAAAAUCUCCUUCUAUGGUGUAAUUCAAGCAUUCAGAGAAGGUCGUUUGCCAGACAACCAACAAAUCUUUGAUGCUUUGACUUAUGCAGAACGUAAUAGCCCCGUUGAUACUUCAAAGUUGUCAAAAGACGGUCAAGUCUUGAUCGAAGAUAUUCGUGCAAUCAUUGCUUCCAUGCGCAAGAUUGUCGCUGAAAAGAACUCAAACCAAGAAAUUCAAGAAUUCAUCCAUGCAACCGUCAAGGCUGAUUACAAGGGUGCUACUGGAAUGACCGCACCCGUCACACAAGGCGAAGCCAAGAAAGAUGCCGAAACUGCUGGUGAAGCUUUCAGAACUUUGUUCAAACUCUUCUUGCGCAACGGUGAAGCACGUAAAUUGUUCAACGAUUUGGGCUUGAUCGGUCGUGAUAUCUUUGCAGAUGCUGCUCAAUACAGCGCCGGCAAGAUUCGUCCUGACGAAGAAAAGCUGGCUUCCGUCGAUCACCCAGCUCCAGAGAACGAGUUCCAUGACGAUAUUCCACAAGGUCUCAAGACAAAGAGCAAAGAAGAGAAGGAAGCCGCUAAGCUCGAAUUGGAAGCAGACAAGAAGCGUGCUGCCGCAAACGGUGACCCAAAUCCUGAAUUGACCGCACAAGCCAAUCGCAUUCCUGAAGAACACAAGGAAGUCAUUCGCGAACACAAGGAUAAGACAGUCAACUACUUCAAGGAGAACUUCCCUGAAGAACGCCGCGAUCAAUUCAUCUACCGUUUGAAGAAGAUCUUGGUCGAAUGCCAACGUCACCCUGAUUAUCGUGAUGCAAUUGAAUUCUUCUUGUCAGCCGCUGAGAACUACAAAGGUGUUGCCAAUGAUAUUCACACCCAAGUCGAAAACAACGCAAAGAGCGUUGCCAACGAAAGCAACAUCUCUCACGCUCAACGCUCUUUCCGUAAGGUUUUGGAACGUUUUGCCAACGGUCGCCCAACUCAACCAAUGUUGGAUGCUUUGGAUGUCUUGUACAACGAUUGUGCCAAGGACCCUGAAUUGAAGCAAUACUUCAAGUCAAUUGACCAAUUCGUUCGCCGUUGCGUUCAAGAACCCGGAUUCGUCAUGAAGGAUGAAGCAAACAACCAAGCCAAACAAUUGCGAACAACCGGUAAGAAGUUCUUCACCGGAAUCAACAAGGAUGACAAAGGUAAAUACGAAGACCACUUCAAGCACUUCUUCAAAGAAGUUGAAAUCUUCUUCUCAGCAAUGGGUGAUGACCCAACAAACAUUGAAUUUGGUGAAAAAUGGCACAAAUUGGGACGUGAUGUCUUCUUCAACGCUGAAGGUAAGGCAACCUUCAAGCCUCACUUGUGGGACGAUAUCCGUGACCCAAUCUUGCCACAAUUGCUCAAGCAUGUUGGAUUUGUACCAAUCCCACGUAUCGAAUUCAGUGACCCAAUGGUUGACCUUGUCAUUGAAAAUUUGAACAUCGAUCCUGCCAACAUUAUCCCUAACUUGAUCGAAAUUGAAGCUCAUCACUUCCACCGUAUGUCUGCAUUCAAGAAGAUCACUGAUAACCACAAGGGAUCCGUCAAGAUCUUGUUGUCUCAAAUUCAAACCGAUUUGCGUGACGUUGCAUGGUCCAUCAACAAGAAGAAGGGUUUCCCCUCUUUGAAGGAUUCCGGUGUUGCAGAUGUCUUUUUGGGCGGUCAAGGUUUGACUGUUAGCGUUACCCUUGAAACCCGUACAGGAACUCGCGAUGUCUUCCAAGUUAAACAAGUCAAAGCAAAGAUUCACAAGAUCGAUUUCGCAAUUCGUAAGUCUAAGCAUGACGUUUUGGUUAAGAUCAUGCGUCCUUUGGCAGCCAGCUUGAUCAAGAAGCAAUUGUGCAAGGUGACCGAAAACGGUAUCCGUGACGGAUUGGAGAAGGUUAACGAUCACCUCGUUGCCGCCAAAGAAGCUGAAGAAGGCAAGAAGAUGGACACACUCAAGAACCGAUUCGGUAAAUCAGACAACGGUUCCCAAAAACCAUCUCAAGGUACAUUCAAAUUGGCCACUUCUAAGCGUGACUCAAUCUUGCCAAAGAUGGGCUCUCCUGAUGGAUGGAUCCAUAGAUUGGACGAAACCGAAAAGAAGGCACUCGAUGAUGGAGGUGCAGCAAAGCCCAACUGGUACUCUGGAGCUUUCUCAAUCGUUCCCUCUCAAAAGGUUUAAGGAAAAAAAAUUUCAUUCCUUUUCCCCCCUGAUUCCAUGAUUACUUUGAACUUGUUCCGUUACUCUUCUACAUACUGCUUGCUUUUUAUCCCUGUGUGAAAUUUAUACCCUCGCGCUCGGAAAUCAUGCUA